AUGAUCGUCUCCGUGGAGCGAGUUGUUGGCGCAAACGCCCCAGAAGAAACUUGCCACAUCGUCAUCUAUCAUGACGGUAACCUUCCUUACUGGGAAGGACAGAGCUACGGUGUGAUCCCUCCAGGUCAGAAUCCGCAGAAACCAGGAGCCCCACAUAAUGUGCGCCUUUACUCCAUUGCAUCAACGAGGUAUGGAGAUUUCUUUGACGCCGGAGACAAGAUUCAAAUCUCUGGUCUAUCGAGGAAGGUAAUGCUAUUACCAGAGGAUGAUCCAAACCCGACGCACAUAAUGAUAGCCACGGGACAAGAGUGGCUCCUUACAGAGGCUACUUACGUCGAAUGUUCAUGGAAAACAUACCAAACUACAUAUUUGGCGGCUUAG